AUGAGGUGGGGAGCGAUGGUCCCUCGUCUGCACGACCAGGUCAUGGCACCACUGAUAGAGGUGGAGCAGAACAUGCACGCCUCGCUCCGGCGGAAGGUCGCGGGAGAUCCAGGCCAGGCAGCAGGAACAGAACAGGCGCUGGCAGGCAGCAGCCAGGGAGAGCGAAGAGCAGAGAAGGCGCCAGGCGGAGCAGCGAGCGGCGGCCAGAGAGGCCAAGCGGCUGGAGAAGCUCAGAGUCCGGGAGGAGCUGAAGGACAUGCGCGUGGAGGAGGCUCGAUGUAGGAAGGCGUGGAAA